CGGCCUUCCGCAGCAUCUCAAAAUCUUUUCUCAGAAGCCGCAGCGCAGCAUAUUCCACGUCAACGUCCAGUCAAGAUGGGUGAGCCAGCACAGAAGUUCAAGGUGGCGGACAUCAACCUCGCGGCCUUUGGCCGUCGAGAGAUUGACCUCGCCGAGCAAGAGAUGCCAGGUCUCAUGGCCACUCGGGAGAAGUACGCCAAAGAGCAGCCGUUGAAGGGCGCCCGCAUUGCUGGCUGCCUGCACAUGACCAUCCAGACCGCUGUCCUUAUCGAGACCCUCAAGGCUCUGGGUGCGGAGAUCACCUGGACGUCGUGCAAUAUUUUCUCGACCCAGGACCACGCCGCCGCUGCCAUCGCCGCCGCCGGUGUGCCCGUGUUCGCUUGGAAGGGCGAGACUGAAGAGGAGUACAACUGGUGCUUGGAGCAGCAGCUCAAGGCCUUCCCAUCAGGCCAGCCACUGAACCUCAUCCUCGACGAUGGCGGUGACCUCACUGCUCUCGUGCACGCCAAGUACCCACAGAUGCUGCAGGGCUGCUACGGUGUCUCCGAGGAGACCACCACUGGUGUCCACCAUCUCUACAAAAUGUUGAGGAACAAGGGCCGCGAACAUGGCCUGCUCGCUCCGGCUAUCAAUGUCAACGACUCCGUGACCAAGAGCAAAUUCGACAACCUGUAUGGCUGCAGAGAAUCGCUCGUCGACGGCAUCAAGCGUGCCACCGAUGUCAUGAUUGCUGGCAAGAUCGCCGUAGUCGCUGGUUACGGUGAUGUUGGCAAGGGCUGCGCUGAGGCUCUUCACUCCAUGGGUGCCCGUGUGCUCGUCACCGAAAUCGACCCCAUCAACGCCCUGCAGGCUGCCAUGGCUGGCUACCAGGUCACCACCAUGGAAGAUGCUGCUCCAACUGCACAGAUCUUUGUCACCACCACCGGCUGCCGUGAUAUCAUCGUCGGCAAGCACUUCGAGGCUAUGCGUGAGGACGCUAUUGUCUGCAACAUCGGCCAUUUCGACAUUGAGAUCGACGUUGCUUGGUUGAAGAAGAACGCCAAGGAGGUCGUCAGCAUCAAGCCACAGGUCGACCGCUUCCUCAUGCCAAAUGGUCGUCACAUCAUUCUCCUUGCUGAGGGUCGUCUCGUCAACCUUGGAUGUGCCACUGGCCACAGCUCUUUCGUUAUGUCCUGCUCUUUCACCAAUCAGGUCUUGGCGCAGAUCAUGCUUUACAAGGCUGGCGACAAGACAUUCGCCAAGAAGUAUGUCGAGUUUGCUCGCGCCAUCGAGGGCGAGGCAGAUGGUCCAAUCAAGAUUCAAGAGGAGGGACAGACCAAGUCGACCGUAGAGCGUAUGCCGAUCGGCGUCUACGUUCUGCCCAAGAUCUUGGACGAGCAGGUCGCUCUGCUCCACCUCGACCACGUCAACGCUAAGCUGACCAAGAUGACGGACGCCCAAGUCGAAUACAUGGGUCUACCAAGGGAGGGUCCAUUCAAGAGCGAGAUGUACCGCUACUAGGCGUCUUUUGAUGGUUUCAUGAGUUAUGGGGGAUGUUCAACACUGAUUUGUACUUGCAAGAUACCACGGGAUUUGUCUUCAACGGCAUUAGCGGCCAAAAGCAUUUGCAAGGCGCGAGGCGUUCAACAAAGAGGAUAUCAAGCGCCAGGAAUCUCACUUCAACUGAGAUGGGGCGUUGGCUAGAUGGGCCAAAUUAGACAGACCUGUAUCAGGAGAGGGUUGUACUAAUGAACAAAAGUUUGUCAGGAAGCCUGCGCUAGGCUUUCCAGGAG